GAGUGACCUUGCCUUCCAAAUGUAAGCCAUUCCAGCACCCAGUUACCAAUGAGUUUUCCAUAAAAAAUUACAUAAAUUCCAAAAAAAUUCGAAUUUUAUUCGGUUUUAAAAUUAAAUCUGCCCGUGGAACAAAAUGUCCAACGAGAGUGCCCAACCGGAUACCCAGCAGGGGACUUUACCUGUCUUCCUGGACGAUGUCGAUGAGAAGGAGCAGAUGCACCGAAUCAGCGCCUACCUGAACAGCCUUCGGGAGCGCCUCAGGUCUAGCAUCCAGCAGCACCAGGAAGUGGCCCAGUCGUCGGUGCAGCUGCUCAAGGAUUUGGGAGAUGUCGCCAACAUGAUGCAGGUGGCGAGGACAGGCUCCCCGGCGCAGGCCACGAAGAUUCGGCGUCUCAUAUUGGGAUUCGAAACCGUCAAUGCGACACAACAUCCUGCGGUGGGGUUUAUUAGCUUUCCCACGGACAUCUCCGAAAUCCGCAGUCUCAUUAAGGAGUUCGAGCAUCUUAACGAGAGUCAACUGCUUCGCGAGAGCCUGAUGAGUUUCAAGCAUGCAAGGGAGUCCCUGGAGAAAGUAUCUGCCUUUCUGGAGAGGACUGACCGCGAGUCGCCGCGGGCCUCGCCGCACCCCAGUCAACUGUUUGGGUGCCCCAGUGCCAGUCGCAGUCUGCGGGAGAAGAUCGAGGCCUUCAACAAGGUCCUGGGCGAGGGUUCUGCCAAGAAGGGCGACCCCUGUCGCCAUUUCACCAACUGCUUCAGCAGCCGAUGCAGCCUGGAGGAGGCCGCCAGUGCUCCUAGCCCGGACAAACCGAAGACCAUAGCUUCAAAGACCAACUCGGGAUACGAGGGCGACGUCGACAGCGAAGUGGAGGUUACCGAGCUCGAACUGCCGGAACAGGAUGUGAAACUCGAACCGGAAGAGGUUUCGCACUGAAAAAUACCAAAGUCCUCGAAAAAUUUCCAGUUCAAAAAUUACCCUAAUCCACAGUAUCCCCACGUCCUUAUUCAAUACGGUUGACAUCCAAGUCUGACUAUAUUUGGUAUAUGAAUGAUGUGCUUGAAUCAACCUUAGGAUGCUCCCCCUUUUAGUAAAUUGAAAUAGUCCGUUGAUUAAAAAUAAUGUACGCAACACAAUAGUUGAGAAACCGAA